AUGUGGGUGGUUACAGGUCCUUUCGAUGGUAAAGAAUCCGACGAGCUACAGCCUGCUAGCUCGAAACUGUUGAAAGCAGGGAAGACAUACACCAUAGGGCGGAAGGACCAGUCUCUUGUAAUUAGGCACAAGAAGAUCUCUAGGGAGCAUGCUCGAAUUGGUGUGGAUCUGUGCUCGGAGCAGGAUGUGGCCAAUCCAAAAUCCGCUCCGCCACUGUGGAUUGAGAUUAUCCGGUCAGACAAGAAGAAAGAAGUAGCACGACAUUUAAUACGUGUUGGCCAAGAGUUACCCAUUUCUCUCAAUGCCGGGGAAAGGUUCCAAUUGCAGGACGGCGACUCGAUAGAGAUGGUGACUGGGGUUCCUAUAAGCUUGAAGUGGCAACAGGUCUGCUGCUAUUGGUCCCCAAAAGACGACCCAUCGAUCUCACUACAAACCUGUGCGAGUUUGGGUAUACAUGUCGUGCCUACUCUCCGACACGAGGUAACACACCAUUUGGCAUCAGCUUUGACGCUUUCCCCGGAGUUGGCUACUUCAAUGAUAUCUGUAGCGGUCAUUGUCAAACCAGAGUGGCUGGCUGAAGUCAUCCGUCUCGGUGAAUCUGCUGAUGACGCCCCAUCACAACUCGAACGAGAGUUCAAACCUCCUCAUGUUAGCAAGUACCGUCCCACGUUCUCGCCCUUUCUCCCAAGCCCGGUGAAAUCCACCAGCAGGUGGGAACCAAAUGAGGCACGUGUAGGAUUAUUCAGGGGCUACCGCUUCAUGUUCGUCGGGGAAAAGGGCCGAGAGACACAAGAUGCUAUGAAGGAACUUGUCAAGCGUGCAGAGGGAGAUUACGAGUGUGUCGCCGUCGAGGGCGGCCGGAGUGCGUGGCAUAAGGCCCUUGCAAAGGGUAAGAGUAAGGGGAAAGCCCUUGUGCUGGUUGCGGAUGAGGGGAGCAUGAAGAUAGCUAUAGGGCAGGAUCGCUGGCAGGAGUUUGUUGACGAGGCCAAAAGCUUUGAGCUGCGCUUCGUGAACCGCGCCAAGGUUAUAGAAGCUGUAAUUCACAUUGAUAUACAAUUCAUCGACUCAAGCCUCAAGGGGGGUGACGCCGACACCCAGUCUGGUUCUCCUCUCCCCGAUGUUGUCCAGAACACUCAUCCGGAUGAACCAUCGAUCCCACCACAAACGCAAGAACCUACCCCUGCCCUUGCUUCUGAGGCGCCGCCUCCGAGGAGGCCACUAGUGCGACGUCUACCAUCGCGUGCACCGUCGCGGGCUCCAUCGCUACCUCCAGAUACGGCAUCGGCAACGACGGUUGAGGGAGCGCAACCCCAAGAUCCAGACGCUCCGAAACCGCGACGACAACUAGUACGCAGGCUGGUGAAGCCGAAAACGACAAUAAUCGGUGUUGAUGAUCCUUCAGUCGAGUUGGAUGGAGAACCUGCAUUGCAGCCGUCUACUUCGUCCACAGUGCAAAAAGAAGAUGCGCCACAGGAACCGUCUCGAGCGCCGAGAAGACUACUGAAGCGUCGCCUUGGGCCUAAUGGUCCACUGGCUAGUCAAGUUCCGCCUCCUUCGGAGGACACGUUGGCCGCAGAACCCGAGGAGCCGCCGCUCAAGAAAUUCAAAGCACUCUUCGAGGAGAGCGACCCGGCCAGGGUUGCGCAAUCAGGCAUGCAGUCUGGCAUUUCGACCGGUCAGACGGCUGACGCCGGUGAGAGCAUUACGCAAAGCGAGAGCGGCACUACGCAGGUGCAUCCUCGGUUACGGGCUGGCGGUCGGACACAACUGGCUGCUCUUGCGGAAGAGGAGGAAGAGAGCAUGAGCGGCGCGACACCUGAUUUGAAUGUGCUGCAGCCGAAUCAAAGCCAGGGCCUCAAACGGAAGACGCCGAUGGAGGAAGACGAGGACGUGGAGAUGGUCGACGAGGAGGGCCCCAGACCGAAGAGGCGUGCGGUAGAAGACGUGAAUGCCGUCCAGAGCUCGGCUUUUGGUGCGGUGGGCAAGCCGCCUUCGCAGGCUACUGCCAAGCCUUCGUCAAGGAAGCCGUCUGGCGCGGCGCCGGGCAAGCCAGACAUGGACGAGGCAUUCCUCAAAGCCGUUGCCACGACAAAGCGGGGAAAAAGGGCAGAGGACACCUUUGACAGAGAGUUCAACAACCUGCGGAUCUCGAAGCCGGAUUUAGACAGAGAUGAGCAGCAGAAGGAGUGGGCUGUGCUGGACGACUUUGGUGAUGAUGGCGAUAUGAGAGGGAACUUCAUGGUUAUCGUCGAGAUGGACGUGCACAGGAAGGACGGCGAGCAGCGCGCUCUCAGGGCGGGCGGUGGGAGGACGGACUGGGAGGGUCGGCCGGAUUUCAAGAAGUUCAAGAAGAAAGCCCCUGCAGGAAGUCGGCGUGCUGUUGAGCUGUAUGCCGAAGAUGCUGAUGACUAUGGCGUUGGGCCGCAGUAUUGGAAGGGUUCCUCCCAACUGCCAUCCCAGGCAAAAGCGGACUCGAAAUUGCAAUCUCAUUUGGACUCCAGCGAGAUCACGCACACGCAGAGGCAGAAGCCACGAUCCGGCACUCCACACACAAGGCAUACCCAAGCUGCUGACCUGGACAACUACGACGACAGUAUGGACGACUCUCAGCCUGUCGAGAAGCCGAAGACACAGAGCAGGGCGCCAUCCUCUCAACCGUCGAGAGCGCGCACGCGACAGACGCAAGGCCGCGGAAAGAAACUGCCGUUGUUCAUAGAGAGCGAUGAUGAUGUAGAGAAAGAUGCAUCGCCACCGCAAGAUGAAGAUGAAUUCAUCGACGACAUCCAGUCAGGCAGCGACCACGAUCUAACAUUGCGCUCUACAACAAGGACGCAGCGGCCCUCUCAGCGUAAGUCUACGAGGGCGGCCGCGACGAGGGAACAAGCCCCGCCAGUGCUCGUCGACGACGAUUCAGAUGAUGGCGCGACCUUUAAGGGGUUCGGAGCGAGGAAGACGAGGAGAACGUAG